AUGGUCAAGUCCACGCAGAUUGCAAGGCUCGAUGGCCUUAUGCUGGCUGCCUCGGUCGAUGAUGAGCAGGCAGAGUCAGAGCUGUCUGAGAUCAAGUCUCAGGCUAAGAUGAUUUUCCGGCGGUUGAAUCGCAACUCUGCGCCCCAGGCGAGCAUUGAAUCAGGCCAACACAACCUCCACUACCUGAUCAAAGAUGAUAUCUGCUUCCUUUGUAUCUGCGACCAGUCCUACCCCCGCAAACUUGCCUUUACAUAUCUUGCGGAUCUGGCCUCCGAAUUUACGACCACCUACACCCCUUCGCAAUACCUGGCUCCCGGUCUCCGUCCAUAUGCUUUCGUUGAGUUUGACACCUUCAUUCAGCGCACCAAGAAAUUGUACCAGGACAGCCGGGCAUCUCAGAACCUCGAUAAGCUGAACGAUGAACUGCGCGAUGUCACCAAGGUGAUGACGAAGAACAUCGAGGACCUCUUGUACCGUGGGGACAGCUUGGAGAAGAUGGGUGAACUCUCUGGACGCUUGCGAGAAGACAGUAAGAAGUACAAGAAGGCAGCAGUGCGUAUCAACUGGGAAUUGCUGGUGAAGCAGUAUGGACCCUUCGCCGGCGUUGGGUUUGUUAUUCUUGUCCUGUUAUUUUGGCGGUUCUUCUGA